CAGCAGCAGCAGCAGCAGCAGCAGCAGCAGCAGCAGCAAUACUAUCCUACCACCCAACAGCCUCAGUGGCAGCCACCGCCUCAACAGCAGCAACAAUGGCCGACACCUGCAGAAGGUAAAUGGCAACAGGGACCACCUCAGCAGCAGCAGUCAGGGCUUCAACCUCAGCCCCAGCAAGGGCACUCCCCUUCUCCUCAGCCGCACGGGCAUUCACCAUCUCCACGUCCGCAUGGGCAUUCACCUGCUCCUGGAGCUUAUGGGCACUCACCAUCUCCACGCCCUUAUGGGCCGAUAAUGAACGGCGACAUGCAACAUGCUGAGGACCCGCACUAUGCAGCUCUACGUGCACAGGCGAACGAAGAGGGGGACAAGAUGUCGGCAUGCUUUGAUCGAGCACACGAGACAUACGAGAGUGGGGAUGGGGCAGCAGCGAAGCAACUGAGCAAUGAGGGACGCGCACAUAAGGAGAAAAUGGAGCAACUGAACAGGGAGGCAGCCGACUGGAUCUUCGCAGCGAAUAACUCCUCUUCUCCACCUGGAACCAUCGAUCUUCAUGGCCUUUAUGUACAGGAGGCCAUCGAACGGACGGAAUUGGCUCUCCAGGCUGCCCAAUCCCGGGGCGGUUCUAACCUUCGCGUCAUUGUCGGCAAGGGACUGCAUUCUAAGAACCACGUCGCCAAGAUCAAGCCCGCGAUCGAGCAACUAAUGGCAAAAUACUCGUUCGCAGCCGAACUCGAUUCCCAGAACGAGGGUGUGCUGGUUGUGCACUUGGGCGGCGAGGCUCAAGGUCGACGAGGCAUGGACGCAGAUGAAGUCACCCGGCGGCUCAACAGCGACGAAAAAUGUGUCAUUAUGUAAGAAUCAUGUAUUUGUUGGUGCCGCCGGCUCGGUCGCAUGGGGCAUUGGACACACCUUGGGACUGGUAAUUGUCCGCGUUCCAGAACCUACAUUUGUAGCACGUAUUCUUGACGUAUUCUUAGACAACCUUCGGCGUAAUGCGAUGACCUUGAUAACC